AUGGGUGCCACCGCGCAGAACUCCACGACAAUACUGCCGUAUGGCUCACACUACGACAUCCUCAGCCCGUGCAAGGCCGAGCGCAGCUCCCGUGCUGCCGUCUACAAUUUUGACGGGAUCCAGCGCUAUGCGAGGACAUACGUCUGCCCAGAGUGUCAUGUAGCCGGGUUCGGCCCCUCUGUGAUCACCAGGCACGUGAAGCGCUGCAAGGGAAGCCGGCGGCAGACCUUCAACUCGUGUCGACGCAAGAGGCCUGUGCAUUGCUCUGCCGGUUGCGGUAAUUUCUUCUUGCGCAACGCCCUUAAGACACAUACCUGUGGUAUCGUCGCCGACCCGCUGUGGCUUGGUGAGCAGGCUGGCCCGCCAGAUCUGUCCAUCAUUGCUGUUCGCUGGUAUCGCAACCAUGGCUUGACACUGGGUGGCGUGCCCGGAGAGAUGCCUGAUGCUGUUCCGGACGAGGCCAUCUCCUUGCCCCUGCUCGCGGGCGCCGAGCUGCCCCAGCUCUUUGUUGCGGGCGUCCCAGGUGACUACGGAGAGGGGUAUGACGAGGAAGACGAGGAGUCCAAGGACACGCCGAGUGGUGUCCACCUAUGCCGCGGGAGGGGCUGUCGUCAACCCGUUUCCGCCCUCUGGCACUGCCGUUUCCAUGCCGAACAGAUCACACGCAUCAACCACCGAGCAGAGUUCCGCAAGGGCCCCUCGCCGGCCGUGGUGAACGACUUCCUCACGCGCACGCCCUCGCGGCGGCUGCCGGCGACUGCUUGGCGGGCCGUCAAGCAGGCUAUGGGAGGUGACGCCCUAAAGGGCGAGCCCGGAGCUUCAGUACUCUUUGUGGACACCGAGUCGGUGUACGACUAUCAGAAUCGCCGCUUCACGGUGUGCGAGGUCGCGAUCGUCUCGGCGAGGGGUGACCUGAUGUUAUGCACACCGAUCGGCCUAUCGGUGGCAGAAACACGUCAAGAGCUGGCGCGCAUAGGCGUAUCUCCGUCUGCGGUCAUAGCCGAGUGGUCGCUUGGAGGGUUCGACUUGCAGGCGAUGAAGUCGACAUUCGGCAACGAGCAUUCGCCACGCCAGUCGCUGCUGGGACCCCGGCCCUGGAGGGAGCUCGGUCUCGUCAGUAGCGUGGCCCUACGGCCGCUCUACAGCUCCGUGUUUCCCGACUCUCAUCUCAACGCACGGCAUCACCGUGCCGACGUGGACACCAAGAAGCUCUUCAGGAUGACCCAGAUCAUCAUGGAUCUCUUUGUGCUGGAAUAG